AGACCCAUCAUCUCUGCCUUCAAGCAGGCACAUAACAGCAGUGCCACAGCAGAUCAACGCCCUGCAGAGUUCUUAAUGACGUGCCUACCGUUAGAGGAGGACCCCUUCACCGGUUCUCAGUCGAAAUCAGAGGUGACCCCCUCUGAAGGGUACUUCGAAGGCAAGACGGGCGUCACCCAGGUUAUCGUAUGCAAUCUCAUCACGGAUGUGUACCGAGAGAUGAUAUCUCAACGACGCUGCUUUAUGUUCACGGCGCUCUUCUUCCAGGACUAUGUCCGCUUCAUUCGGUGGGACUGGGCAGGUGCGGUGGUCUCUCAGAGGUUUAGUUGGAAAGAUGAGCCCGCGCCAUUGGAGGUGUUCCUGUGGAGGGUCAGUCAUUUGUCAGAUGCAGGCCGAGGACAUGAUACCUCGAUCUCCCAGCCUACCGCAGAGGAAGUUGAGGCUGCAAAGAAGAGAUUGGACGAGCGGGCGAGGGAAUUGGCCAGGAUUCGGGGCGACGCGUCUGUGAAAACACGCUACUCCACGGACGAUACCUUUCGCAAAUUCCGUGUGGUGGACAACGUCGACCACGUCGAGCGGUUCUUUGUGGCAUCCGAGCCUAUAUAUCGAAGCAUUCCAGAGAUGGGCCGCGGCAUGGUCGGAUACGAGGCGCUUGACCUCCAGACAGACAAGCUGGUAUACAUGAAGGAUACCUGGCGAUGGGGCGAAUCUGACCUCUGCGAUGAGGGAUUGACCUACCGCCGCCUGCACAAAAUGCACGUCCCAUGGAUUGCCCCACUGGUGUGCGCUGGGACAAUAGACGACCAAAAGACACUGACACAUGCAGUCAAAAAUAGGCCAUGGUGCUGCAAGGGCGCAGAACCAAAGGCCCAUGAACACCACCGGCUUGUACUCGGCGCGUUGGGAAGGCCAUUGCGUGAAUUCAGGUCCACGAAGGAGUUGUGCACCGUGAUCUCCGAAGGCAUGGAAGCUCACCAGGCAGCGUUCACCAGAGCGAGGAUCUUACAUUCGGACAUAAGUGACGGAAAUAUCCUGAUCACUGAUGACGGUCAUGCCUUUUUGAUAGACUGGGAGCUGUGCCAGAAGGUAAACGACAAUGGUACAGGCGAUUAUGAAGGAAGAUCGGGGACAUGGGUGUUCAUGUCCUCCGCCAUGGGCACUAAGAUCAAGUGGCACGAGUUCCGGGACGACCUGGAGUCCUUCUUCUACCUCCUGCUGUUCAAUAGUAUCCGGUACCAGGUCUGCGCGCCUCCGGACCUCGCGGCUUUCCGCGAAAUUUCUGAGACGUUCUUCCAGAGCGCACAUUAUGAGGGAGACGAGCUGUGUGGUGGUACGGAAAAGGCUAAAUACCUCAAAGCGGCGACCGACGCCCCAUUCUUCCCCAGACAUGAGCUGGAAAAGAUGCUCAGUGCGCCGCACGCGAGUUUGAUCGAGGAGAUCAGGCUGCUGUUCCGCCCGGCAUACCUCGUCGGACCAGACCUGGAAGAAGCCAUAUCGCAAGCUAAGCGCAAUCUCAACCUGCCGUGGAGCCAAGACGCCCUGCUCGACCAUCUCAGGUCGUCAAAGGCUAUGGCAGAGGUGUUCCGGCAGCACUUGGCGAUGCCGGGCUGGAGAGAGGGCGAUAGCGGUCACGACCUGUUUCCAGACUGGGGGGUGCCGCCUGAAGUGCCUGUGUGGUGUAAGUGGACGCCGCCAACGUCUCUACGGAAGCGGUCGACCCCAGACUCGAUACCGGCCUCGAACGAGACACCGAUCCCUGCGCCGGCGCCUGAGCACAGAAUACGCCUGGCCAUAUCGACGUCAGCGCCGCCAUAUACGCCGUCCUGUUCGACCGACGCACCGGCGCCGUUGGUUCACGGCAUCAAGCGCGCUCGCGAUGAGGCGGAGAUGGACUGUGAUGGGAAUGAGGGCGGGGACCACUCAGCCCCGUCGCUGAAACGCGUUAGGCCAUCGCCUAAAAAGCCGUCUGCGAUCCCUGCUCAGUCUUCACAGCGCCCGGAGGGCGGGUGCUGACCGGAAAAUGACGCGGCACCAUUGGAUCACGCACCACGGUGGCAUGCGCAACCAUCCUGCGACGCACAUGCGCGAAAUUGAAGGACAGGCGCAUUGUACAUGUACUGGUCCCCACAAUUCCGCGCUAUGGAUGUGCCAGGUUCCGGUCUUGGACAGCAGAAAACCACGAUUCGUUGAGCUCCUUAUCGAGGUGCGGCUAGUUCGCUUUACAAGGCGGCCUCCGAAUGCUGGACAGGACUAGCAGGCACGGCAAUCUCGACGGGUAUACGAGCCUCGCUAGGUACGAUGGCAUUGAUGGUGAGGCGUGAUUCCAUUCGGUUUGCAUAUGUAUAUUUAAUCUAGGGAAGAGACUAUAAGUGGGGAGGAGGGGAUGAAUACUAUAAUCAUUUAUCGUAAUUUUGUAUAGCACGACACGUGAAGUUGCAAUGGCUUUCGACUAUAACA